AUUGUUUGCACUACCCUAGACAACAACAAGAUCAUUCUGAACAUUGAUAACAGCAGGAUGAUAGCUGAUGACUUCAGACUGAAGUUUGAGACUGAGCUGGCCCUUCGCCAGAGUGUGGAGGCCGAUAUUAAUGGCUUACGCCACGUUCUGGAUGAACUGACCCUGUGCAGGUCGGACCUGGAGGCGCAGCUUGAGUGCCUGAAGGAAGAGCUGUGCUGUCUGAAGAAGAACCAUGAGGAGGAAAUCAAUUGUCUGAGAAACCAGUCCACUGGUGAUGUCAGCGUGGAGGUCAAUUCCUGUCCUGGCCCAGAUCUGAAGAAAAUCCUAGAGGAGAUGAGAUGCCAGUAUGAAACAAUGAUUGCACAAAAUCGCAAAGAGGUUGAGGACUGGUAUGAAUGCAAGAUUGAGGAGGUGAAUCGUGAGGUCAUCACAAGCAGUCAAGAGGUUGAGUCGUGCAACAGCCAGGUCUCUGAACUUAGACGUCAGUUGCAGUGCCUGGAGAUAGAUCUGCAAGCCCAUCUUAGCCAGAGGGACAACCUGGAAGCCUCUUUGGCUGAAACCGAAAGUCGCUACAACAGCCACCUGUGCCAGUUACAGCAACAGAUCACCUGUGUGGAGCAGCAACUGGCUGAGCUGCGAGCAGAAAUUGAGUCCCAGAACCACGAGUACAAGGUCCUCCUGGAUGUCAAAUGUCGACUGGAGCAGGAGAUUCACACUUACCGCUGCCUGCUGGAAGGAGGACAGCGUGACAUUGUUGGCUCGGAAGGAGGGUAUGGCGUAGCAGGUGGAAUAGGAGGAGGAACAGUCAUUAAAACUUCCCACUCCUACUCUUCAUCUUCCCACUCUCUCCCCCAUGUCACGUCUUGCCACCCUGGUGAUCUAAAAGGGCACGGCAGAAAGAUUUGUGACUAAGAAGCUAAACCGGCAUCUUCCAGAGCAAGACCCACCGAGCAAGGACCAACCCAUAGACAA